AUGAGUGACGAAUCACGUGAACAAAUCUUAUCUGAUUUUCAAAAUUGCACAGGUUUAGAACAUUUGGACGAAUGUAUUCAUAUUCUACAACAAUAUGAGUGGAAUUUAAUGGAGGCUGUUCAAGCUGUUCAUGAUCGAAUUGGGAUUGGCAAUGAUAAUGAAUCAACAGUACCAGUACAAGAAAUAACGAAUAGAGAUACAUCAUCAAUAAUAACAAAUACAACGAAUCAAAAUGUUAAUAAUAAUAAACGACAAUCAGAUCCGAAUGAAAUUGAUGAUUCAGAUCAACCAAGAAUUAUUAAAACUAUACCUGGUAGUCAACGAACAUCUAAAGGAGCAAGUUCUAUAACAAAUGUUGGGCCAGUUCGUGAUUUAAAUUUUACAGUUGAAUGUUGUGAUCAAACAGAAAAAAUAAGCACAUUUGAUAGUGAAAGUGUUUAUCAAUUACGAGAAAAAAUAUCUAAAAAAUUUUCUAUUCCACCAAAUAAACAACAUUUUAUCAAUUGGACAAUGAAAAGUUAUGAUGAUCAAACAAUAUUAAAAGAUCUAAAUUUGCUAAAAGAAAAUACAAUUCAUCUUACAUCAAUAGAAAAUGGAUCUGCUGUUCAAAUUCCUAAUCAUACAACUUCAUCAUCAAAAACUUCAGAUGAAUUUCCAUUAACGGUGCUAUGUGAAGAUAAAUCAGGCAAUUUAACACCAUUUAAACUUACUUUACAAUCACAUACAACUAUUAGUGAAAUAAAAAAACAAACUGAACAUUUAACUCAUAUACCUAUCCAAGAACAAGCUUGGCAAGGUUUAUUAGGUGCAAAAGAUUCGGAUGAAUUACGUCAAACAUCAAUUGCAUCUAAUGCACAUCUAAUUGUUUAUCAAUCGGAUACAUCAUUAAAUCAACAAAUACCAACAAUGAGAAAAGAUACUAAACGUUCGAUAAUAUCUCCUGAUCGAAAUGAAGAUGAUCAAAUGGAUAUUGAACAUGAUAAUGGUUUAGAAUCAUAUGAUGAUGAUGUUAAUGUUUUAUCUCAAAAUAAUUCUACUACAACAUUUGCUACAGAAACAACAACAUCAGGUCGAGAACCACUUAUUCCAGAUGGAUGUACAAAUGAUGCAUUUGGUCUUGAACAUUUUGCACGUGUCUUCAAUAGACGUUAUGGUUCAACAGGUCCUAUUCUCUAUAUUGGCCCAUUAGAUCAAGCAAUACAAGAUUCACUUUAUUCAUCAAUACAUACUAGACGUCCAUUAGCUAUCUACCUUCAUAAUGAUCAAUCCGUCUGUGCUAAUGUAUUUUGUUCUCAAGUUUUAUCAGCUGAUUCAAUUGUUGAAUAUUUAGCAAAUAAUUAUGUUCUUUGGGCUUGGGAUGUUACAUCUGAUGGAAAUCGAACAAGAUUAUUGGAAACACUUCGACGAUGUGUUGGUAAUCAAUGUGCUCAACGUGUUGGUUCAAUGGAAAAUGAUUCAUUUCCAUUAUUACUUAUUGUUAUACGUUCUCGUGGUUCAUUAGAAUUAAUAAAUGUAAUCGAAGGAAAAAGUACACCGAGUGAGGUUUUGCUCAAUCUUAUUCAAUCAUAUGAAUCAUAUGAACAACAACGAUUACGUGAUGUUGAUGAAGAAAUAAUGCGUGAAAACCGUGAAAAUCUUAAAAAACAACAGGAAGAUGAGUAUGAACAAUCACUUCAAGCUGAUUUAGCUAAAGAACGUGCACGACAAGAAGAACAAAAUGCUAAUGAACGUUUAAAACAACAAAGAUUACAACAACAAGAAGAAUCUAAAGCUCGUCUACCAGAAGAACCAAACGAGACAGAAAAAAAUAUUACUCGAUUAAAAAUUCGUUUACCUAAUGAUGAAGGUGUACUUAUGAGACGUUUUCGUAUUAAUGAUACUCUUCAAGUAUUAUUCGAUUAUCUCACAACUCAAGGACGUAUGUUUGGUGAAUAUAAACUUUUAACAACUUAUCCUAAACGAGAUUUAACAUCACUUAAUCAAUCAGACACAUUUGAACAAUUAAAAUUAUAUCCACAAGAACAACUUAUUCUCGAAUCUUUGUAG